CUUCAGUGUUCUAACAUGAGAACUUCACUACCCUCUUUUUCGGAUUUACAGGAAACACCUAUCCCACCCCCCUCCUCCCUCUCCCUCCGACCCUCCUCCCCCUUCACCCUCCCGGGGGCCCCAGGUCGUGCCUCUCCCGGUAGUGCCUUACUGCAGGGUAUGAAGAGGUUGUCUGUGCUGUUGGUGGACUGCAGGAAAACAACAGGGCUGAGGGACAGCCAUAACCGUCGCUCUCUCAGUAGAAGAGUCAUAUCUGGGGAGGCUAACGAACAUGAUGCUGACGAGGCAGAGAACAGUCUCUCCAGAUCAGAACACCUCAAACACCAGCAGAGAGUGGCAGGGAAGAAACCUCACCGCUGCUCUGACUGUGGAAAGAGUUUCACCUCUUCGUCAAAACUUAAAACACACCAGAGAAUUCAUACUGGAGAGAAACCGUUUCACUGCACAGACUGUGGGAAGAGUUUUGUUCAAUUAGGCAACCUGAAAAUUCAUCUGCGGGGACACACACAAGAGAAGCCUUACCACUGCUCUGUCUGUGAGAAGAGCUUUUCAACAUCACAUGGUAAUAAAGUGCACCAGAGAACACACACCGGAGAGAAGCCUUACCACUGCUCUGACUGUGGGAAGAGUUUUGCUCAUUCAAGAAAUCUGAUAAAGCACCAGCGCAUACACACAGGAGAGAAACCUUACAGCUGUGAUCAAUGUGGGAAGAGAUUUACUAGCUCAAAUGACCUGAUACUACACCAUAGAAUACACACUGGAGAGAAACCUUACCACUGUUUGGACUGCGGGAAGAGUUUUACUCAGGCAAGCAACCUGAAAACACACCAGCGCAGACACCUGGGCCAGAAGCUUCACCACUGUUCAGAUUGUGGAAGUAACUUUUCAACAUCAAGGGGUUUAGAGCUGCACCAGCGAACACACACAGGUGUGAAACCUUACUACUGCUUCAGCUGUAGUAAAAGUUUUGCUAGAUUAGACGGACUGACAGUGCACCAGCGAACACACACAGGUGAGAAGCCUUUUAGCUGUGAUCAGUGUGGGAAGAGAUUUGCUCAGUCAGCACACUUGACUGUACACCAGAGAACACACACUGGAGAGAAACCAUACCACUGCUCAGACUGUGGAAUAAGCUUUAUUAAUUCAAGUCACCUUAAGGUACAUCAGAGAGUACACACAGGAGAGAAGCCUUAUAACUGUGAUGUAUGUGGCAAAAGUUUUGUUACAUCAGGAAGUCUGGCUUCACACCUUCGAACCCACACAGGAGAGAAGCCUUACCGUUGUACCGACUGUGGGACAAGCUUUGGCAAGUUAGACCAUUUAAAAGUGCACCAGAGAACACACACAGGAGAGAAACCUUACCAUUGUGCCGACUGUGGGAAAAGCUUUGCUGGGUCAGGCAGUUUAAAGUCACACCGGAGAACACACACAGGAGAGAAGCCUUACCACUGCUCUGACUGCGGAAUGGGCUUAACCACUUCAGGUGGACUUAAAAUACACCGGAGAACACACACAGGAGAAAAACCAUUCCACUGCUCUGACUGUGGGAAAAGAUUUAAUCAGUCUGGGCAGUUGGUUUUACACCAGCGAAUACACACUGGCGAAAAGCCUUACCACUGCUCAGACUGUGGGCUGAGUUGUACUUCUUCAGGGGAUUUAAAAGUGCACCUGCGAACACACACUGGAGAGAAGCCUUUUGGCUGUGAUCAGUGUGGGAAGAGGUUCGCUCAGUCAGGAAGCCUGGCUGGACACAAGAGAACACACACUGGAGAGAAGCCUUUUGGCUGUGAUCAGUGUGGGAAGAGGUUCAGUCAGUCAGGAACCCUGGCUGGACACAAGAGGAAACACCACACUGGUGGGUAACCUUUCCAUUUCUUUUAUUUUUUAUAGCUGAAACCAGUUAAUGGUAGACUGUCGGAGAGAAGCCGUGCAGGGUGAGCUUUCUUAAUGUGGCCAUGCUUGGUGUAACAAGGGAACUUUAAAUAACUGUCCAUUUAAUUACAAUAUUUUUAAUUUAUUUAACUAGGCAAGUCAGUUAAGAACAAAUUCUUAUUUUCAAUGACAGCCUAGGGGUUAACUGCCUGUUCAGGGGCAGAACGACAGAUUUGUACCUUGUCAGCUCGGGGGUUUGAACUUGCAACCUUCCUGCUACUAGUCCAACACUCUAACCACUAGGCUACUCUGCCGCCCAAAUAUGAGUGAAAAAGUCUGUUUGAAUGGUGUGGGCGUAUACUGGUCAUUAAAAUGAUUCAUGACAUGUUAACAGUGGAUUGGUCAGCUCAGAGAAAGCAGGGAGGCAGCUCCUCCCCCUCUCUCUGCAAGUUUCAGGCAAGUCUGUCCUUAGGGAUAAGGCAAGGGUCCGUUUUGAAAAUGUUCAACCCUGUCCACCAUCCAACUCACCAUGAUCAACCCUGUCCACCAUCCAACUCACCAUGGUCAACCCUGUCCACCAUCCAACUCACCAUGGUCAACCCUGUCCACCA